AUGUCCCUGAGCCUGAGUGAACGACGCUUCAUCGCGCACGCAGAGUCAGAACGCCAUUAUGAAUCUGGGGCGGUAGUUCGAGACAUUGUCAUUGGCUUUGCGGAUGGAAUGACCGUCCCUUUUGCCCUGACCGCUGGCCUAUCCAGCCUAGGAUCCUCGAAACUGGUUAUCAUCGGUGGUCUAGCAGAACUGUUCAGCGGGUCUAUAUCAAUGGGGUUAGGUGCUUAUCUUGCAGCUGUCACUGAUAGAGAUCAUUAUGAAAGCGAAGAGGCGAGAGAGCGUGAAGAAAUAUUCUCUCAACCAAUUGACGAACAGGAAGAGAUCCACGAGAUUCUCUUUCAGUAUGGUAUCUCUAGAGAAGCAAGUCAAGCUGUCGUUGAUUGUUUGUCUCAGAAUGACGAAUAUUGGAUUCGGUUCAUGAUGGACUUUGAGCUGAAACUUGAGAAACCUAAUCGUUCUCGAGCAUGGAUUUCAGCAGCAACAAUGGGAGUGGCCUACUUUAUUGGGGGCUUGCUUCCCAUGAUUCCAUAUUUUGCUAUUCACGACGUACUCCACGCGCUGUUCGUCUCAAUAGGAAUCACAGUGGUCACCCUAUUCAGUUUCGGCUUCGUCAAAAACUUCUGCGUCAUCAAAACCAAGCGUGCCGGGUUCUACGGUGCGGCACAGACAUUAUUCGUUGGCACCAUUGCUGCGGCUACUAGUUACGGCAUCGUCUAUGGAAUUGACCACAGCGCCGAACUCCUUGACCUAAAGGAUUUGCCAACCUCCAAAGGCCCUCUUGAUAAAUUUACGAUAGCCGAGAAGGUCGCUACCGAGCGCUUCAUGAGGGAAGCGGGUUAUGGACUUAGCCUCGCCAAUCAACGGCAGUGCCGUCUUUUUUGGAAACGACUAUUCGAGAUACGGAACGCGGGUAUUGACAAAAUUCUCUUGUAUCGCAUAAAGGAAUUCGACCGUUUCUGCAAAAGCUACUCAUUAGAAGCUGGAGCUUCUUUGGUAGAGAUAGUCCGGAACUGGGAAGAAAGAUAUGCCUUCCAUAUAAAACAGUUGGAAGAGCGUGUGGCCGAGGAGAGCAAGGGAGGUUUUAUAGGAAGACUAUGGCCGAGCCAGCCGCUUGUAGCGGACACACUUAUUGUUCCUGAAAAUGCGUGGAACAGCGCUAUUAACCCAUGGUCCUCCAGCGUAGAGGAAACCGUCUUCCAAUUGAGCGGAUCACACAAGCCAUCCGCUGUUACGCUUGGUGUGUUCUUUGACUUGCAGCCAAAGGCAGAAACAAUGUGGAACAAGUCUAUUUUCGUUAUUCUUCAACCCAAAGAUGAUGUCUUUCUCACGGGUUGCCCAAUUAUUUCAGUCCAGGAAGGAGAUACCCUUGGGAGAUUUGCUGGAGUGAUUCGGUACUCUUCAGAAUGCAGCGUUGUCUACGGUAUACCUGGUCCCGAAGAAAACCUUUGGCUGGAUUACUCCAUGGUGACUGGGGCACUUAACUUCAUGAAGGUAUCAGCCCCUGGAGGUGACUCUAAUGUCCGUCUCCAGUGGGAGCUCAUCGAUGGACGGAGUGAAGGAAAAGCGCAUCUCAUGUGGAAAGUCUCGGUUGUUGCUCUUCGGGCAAUUCAACCAUUUGAAGAAAUUGUUCGCGCUGCUCCUCAAAAAGAACAAUAUCUCCCCCAUCAGUCGCCGGUUUGCGCAAAGCGAGGAUAUACGAAAUACCGAAGUUCCCCUGUUACAACUAGCAGCCUGCGCCAUCUGCGAUACGGACUGCUCUAUCUUGCUGAGAUUGUCAGGAGUAACGCUCGUGUUUUAAGAGGGCAAGCUUUGGUGUUUUCCCGACGUGGCUACCUAAAAAAUUGUUCAACUCGUCAGCUAUAUUACAUAUUCAUUGCACGCACACCAGCCUCGCAUCGCCGUUCCGUUCCGAAGCGAUAA